UUGACUGGCCGUUGAAGAUGUUUGGUAAACUGCUGGCUGGCUGUUGUUUUGGCGAAGAAGACUGUUCUGCUGCUGGCUGCUCUUGGAACUGCUGUUGCUUGAACUGAUGACGAUAAGCUAAGAAAUUCUGGGUUUUAUACCCGAAAAUAACCCUCUCUUCUCUCAUUAGAAUUUUUUGUGAUGGAUUUAAACAUUUCAACUUAUUUUACAUCCUGUUUUAAUAUUAUAAUGGCAUUGACAUUAAGUAAAUGUGAAAACAUUUGACUGAGCAGGUUAUAUUAACAGCAAUUUAGAUUCAUAUAAUAUAAUUGGUUUUUGAGAAUGAAUGUAUACAUUCUAAGCAUUGACAUUUAGUAAAUGUGAAAACAUUUGGCUGGACAGGUUAUGUUAGCAACAAUUAAAAUUCAUAUAAUGUAAUUGGUUUUUGAGAAUGAAUGUAUACAUUCUAAUUUAUUUUAAAUCCUGUUUGUAAUAAUUUAAAUUCAUGUAAUGUAAUUUGCUGUUGUAUAUGAACAUGUUUCAGCACCCAUCUAAGGUAAGGUUAUUGUAGAAAUUUAUUCAAGGAGGGUAUUGACCAUGGUAAAAGGUGAAUGUCAUAAACAUUUGGCUGGGAUAGGUUAUGUUAGCGUCAAUUUAAAGUCAUGUAAUGUGAUUUUGCUGUUGUACCUGUAUGUUCAUGUUUUAGCAGGUUUCUAUAAUGUAAGGCUAUGACCAUUUGUAUACUUAAUUAUUGAAGUAGUGGUAAAAAUCUGUGUAUAAAAGACAGAGGGAAUUCUCUAAUAUUCACCAGUCUUCAAGAUUUCAUCCCAGGACAAGAAGCUCAGUUCAACAGAAAUACUACCAAAAUAAAAUGUCGUACCGUACAAUUGCUUCAACUGAUUCAGAGAAUGAACAUUUUAGCGAAUCAAUUGAUAUAAGACCGUCUUUUUCAAAAACAAAACCUGGAUUAAAACGUUCUGCAGAAAAAACAAGUGUUAAAAAACCUAUGAAAAAGAAGCAGAAUAAAAUGAAUGCAUCAUACAGAGAUAAUAUCAGCGAACGCUUGAGAUCAGAAGAUUUUGAUGUUGAAGUAUUUAAUUCGCUAACAUUCAGACAAGGAGAUGGCGUUGUGACAAUAAAGACGCCUUUUGAAGAAAAAGGAAAGGAUCUUUGGGUGCUAAGUCAUUAUAAGGUUACUAACAUCGAGAAUGUACCAGUAAAGGACAGAUGGAAGUUCAGUGAAGCUACUGUUAGAUUGUACACGACCGACGAAUCAAAAGAUCAAACACUUCAUACUGGUCUUAAUGAGACAAUGCAAAUUAUAUUUGAUAAAUUACUAACCGAUCCAAAGCGUCAAACUAUUAAAAGCAAGACGGUUGUUUGAUUAUUAUACGGAAAAAUGAGUUUCAUUUAAUAAAACAAAAUAUUAUUAUA